AAAAAAAAAAAGCCGCAGUGGUUUUCCACGUGUAUUGUGUAAGUACUUAAAGAUUGAAGACGGCUGCCUCUGAACCAUCUAAAGCAUAUUCAUCCAAUCAAAGUUGACUGUGAGAGAACUGCAGAGCGAAAAUCAGAAGGGAAAACAUAAAGAUUAGAAUGAGUAGUACUUUGAUCUGAACCGAACAACAGCAAGGAAAAACCUUAAAAUUUUAGAAAAGAUCAAACAUGAUUGGUACAGGCCGGCCUCUCUUUGUUCUUUUUGGAUCUUCCAUCGUUCAGUUUAGUUAUGGUAGAGAUGGUUGGGGUGCAAUUCUGGCUGAUGUAUAUGCUCGCAAGGCUGACAUAUUACUGCGAGGAUAUGCUGGCUGGAACUCAAGGCAUGCUUUAGAGGUUCUACAUCAAGUCUUUCCAAAGGAUGCUGUUGUACAACCUUCAUUGGUGAUAGUCUAUUUUGGUGGUAACGAUUCCAUGGAACCCAACCCAUCUGGCCUUGGCCCUCAUGUACCUCUUCCAGAAUUUGUUGAGAAUAUGAAGAAGAUUGCUUUGCAUCUCAAGGGUCUAUCAGACAAGACUUGUGUAAUGUUUCUUAGUGCUCCUCCAGUGAAUGAGGAACAAAUAGUUCAAACUAUUGGUGUUCGGGGUCGUUCCAAUGAAGCCUGCCGGGUUUACUCUGAAGCUUGUAUAAGACUAUGCAAAGAACUGGAUGUAAAAGGUAUUGAUCUUUGGACUGCACUCCAGCAGAGAGAUGAUUGGAAGACAGCUUGCUUUACGGAUGGCAUCCAUCUCUCCUCUGAGGGGAGCAAGUUAGUUGCUAAAGAAAUCUUGAAAGGCCUGAGAGAGGCAGAGUGGAAACCAAGUUUAUACUGGAGGUCAUUACCAACUGAAUUCGGGGAGGAAUCGGUCUAUGAUCCCAUCAGCCAAGACGGGAGGAGCAACAUUAGCAUUGCACAGCUUGAAUUUUCACGAAGCGUGCAAUGGGAAUAGUCCUAAUCCUUGUCAAUAGGCCUUUCAUUUCUUUCUUAUAGCUUCUUGAAAUAACUCAUUACAAGGUGGCCUACCUCCCAUGUAAAACUGCUCAUGAUCAUAAUUCCAUAAGCAUGUUUCUUCUCUAGGAUUGACAAAUACUCUCAUGGUAAUUGUCACAACUUUACCUUCCAAAUACAAUUUCAAUUCCAUUACAGCUACAAAUGUCGAUCUGAAACCAUUUUUUGAAGACACCAAGCCUUGAGCGCAACCAGAGCUUCAAUUCGAGUUAACCAGGCAACUAUUGGGGAAUAUCGUACGAUUCCGGCAAACAAAAGCAUAAAUUUGGUCAUUAAUUUUUCUCUUCUAUGAUGGUUGUAUUACAUCAAAACAAGUUCUACAAACCCAUUUUCCAUGUGUCAGCUUUCAAGGAUACCUCAAUUACAUGCCCAAGCCGAAUGUGGUAACAUUAACUUAACAAUAAAUAGUAACACAUACAAGAGGCGAGGAAUGGA